UUGCAAGAUUACUUCUACCUGUACAGUCUGCUAAAAUUGCUUGUUCCUGUAGCAUUUCUUGUCUGUUUUCUGCCAGAGAUUUUAUGAAUAUUGAGGGAGUUUAUAUUCAAGUGUGACCAGAAAAAGCUGACAAUUGAAACCAUGGUGUGGGAAACUAUAGACAACUUGGAUCCUUCAACCAGAAGAAAGAUACUUGUCUUAAUCAUUAAGAUCCAUCUGUAGUUGCAGCUCUGGUGGUGCUGGAGUUCCUUCUGAUAACCAUCCUCAACUUCUCUGUCCCUCUCCACCCAGGAACCAUCCAUCCUCUCCCAGCCUGGUUGUGCCUCUUCUGUAUAUUAUUGACUCAGACUGUGCUUGGUAGGAUCAUCAUUUAUUGUUGGAUUGAUGAUUUACUCUUAACUCUUACAUCAUCAACAGAUCAGAGUGUGAAGAGAUAAAUCUGUGACAGAUCUUUCGUGAAGACUGACUGUGGCACACAUAUUUAAUUAAGCGUCCCUUCAAUUUGUACAAUGACUGGGGCUGAGAUUGACCCUGUUGUUCAGGCCAAGCCUGAAAAGAAGGCUGGGGAAGAGAUUGUGGGUAGGGCUGAUCGAGAGAAUGAAGUCCCACUUGUGGUCAGACCCAAAGUUAGGACCCAGACCCAAGUAACAUCCGGGGCAAGGCCCAAAACUGAAGUCAUAUCUGUGCCUGGGACAAGGCCCAAAUCUGAGAUCCAGGCAAUGUCUGGAGCAAGACCCAAAACUGAAGCCCUGACAAUAACUGGGGCAAGGCCCAAAGCAGAUGCCAUGGCAAUAGGUUGUGCACAUCCUAAGACGGAGGCUAAGGCAAUCCCUGGGGCAAGGCCUAAGGAUGAUACCCAAGCAUGGGCCCAGAGCGAGUUUGGGGCUGAGGCAAUGUCACAGGCUGAAGGAACAUCCCAAACUAAUAGUGUUACUUGGCCACUGGUCAGUGGUGAGUCUGGGUCAGUUACUAAAUGUAAGAGCUUCCCUAUGGAUAGAGAACUAGCCAAUGUGGACACUGAAACCUUUCCUGGCACCCAGGGCCAGACUGUAAUACAACCCUGGUUUGGACCAGGAGAGGAGACCAAUAUGGGGUCUUGGUGCUAUCCCAGGCCCAGAGCCAGAGAAGAAGCCUCUAGCGAGUCUGGGUUUUGGUCAGCUGAUGAGACCUCUACUGUUUCUUCUUUCUGGGCUGGAGAAGAGAACAAUAUCAGAUCAUGGCCCAGGGAAGAGGCCAAUACUAGGUCCAGGCACAGGGCUAAACAUCAAACCAACACCAGAGCCAGGCCCAAAUCGAAACAAGAGCCUUAUGUUUAUUCCUGGUCUGGAUCUGAAGAUGAGACUGGUAACCCUUUCUGCUUUUGGGCUGGAGAAACUACCAAUAACUUGCUGAGGCCCAGAGUUAGGGAAGAGGCAAAUUCCAGGUCUAAGCUGAGAACAAAGAGAGAUGACUGCUUUGAAUCUGAGUCUGAAGAUGAGUUCUAUAAAGAAUCAUGGUUUUUGCCUGGAGAAGAGGCCAAUAGAUUGAGGCACAGGAGCACGGAUGAGCCUAAUGACAUGUUGAAAUCAAGGGCCCAGAAAAAAAUUAAAAAUGUUAACAGGGCUAAACAAGAGUCCAGGUUUGAAGAGGAAGUCAUUAUUGGGUCCUGGUUCUGGGCAGAAAAAGAGGGUGGUUUAGAGAAUGGAUCUUCAGCAAUCUGUGACCCUGAACCAGAGGUGGAGGAAGGAGCUAUUGGUGGAUCUUUGUUCUGGGCUGAGGAAAAGUCUAGUUUGGGGGCAGUGGCUAGAGAAGAACCCAGGCCUGAGUCUGAAGAAGAUGCCAUAGUUGGGUCCUGGUUCUGGGAUAGAGAUGAGGCCUGUUUUGACCUAAAUCCAAGUCCUGUGUACAAAGCCCAUUGCAGAUUCAUUCAUUCAGCUGAGGAGGAAGUUAAUGUGUCAUCUAGGCCCCAAACCUGGGAAGAAGUCACUGUUGAAUUCAAACCUGGUCCUUGUCAUGGGGUUGGUUUCCCAUCCACAAAUCCAUUUACAUUUCCAGAGUUGUCUGAAAAUACUGAAGAAAAGCUCAAUAAUUUGGGACUUAUUUCAGAAGGGGAAGAUCAGGAAUCUUUGUUUCAACUUGAUCAGUUUGAAUCUGAGUUUCCAUUUCAGUAUGAUCCUUCCUAUCGGUCAGUCCGGGAAAUACGAGAGCAUCUUAAGGCCAGAGAGAGUGCAGAACUUGAAAAUUGGUCCUGCAGCUGCAUACAAUGUGAGCUUAAUAUUGAUUCUGGGGAGUUUGAAGAACUCCUCUUACUAAUGGACAAAAUUAGGGACCCAUUUAUUAAUGAAAUAUCUAAAAUUGCAAUGGGUAUGAGAAGUGCUUCUCAAUUUACCCGCAAUUUCAUUCGGGAUUCUGGUGUAGUCUCACUUAUUGAAACCUUGCUAAAUUAUCCAUCUUCCCGAGCUAGGACAAGUUUUUUGGAAAACAUGAUUCACAUGGCCCCACCUUAUCCAAAUCUGAACAUGAUUGAGACAUUCAUAUGUCAAGUAUGUGAGGAAACCCUUGCUCAUGGCAUAGAUUCCCUUGAGCAGCUGACUGGAAUAAGGAUGCUUAGACACCUCACUGUGACUACUGACUAUCACACACUGAUUGGUAAUUAUAUGUCUGGAUUCCUCUCUUUGUUAACCACAGGCAAUGCAAGAACCAAAUUUCAUAUUCUAAAAAUGCUACUGAAUUUGUCUGAAAAUCCUAUGGUGGCACAAAAGCUAUUCAGUGCUAAAGCUCUGUCAAUAUUUGUGGGUCUCUUUAACAUAGAGGAGACAAAUGAUAACAUUCAGAUUGUUAUUAAAAUGUUUCAGAACAUCAGUAAUAUUAUAAAAAGUGGAGCAAUGUCCUUAAUUGAUGAUGAUUUCAGUCUUGAACCACUUAUUUCUGCAUUCCAUGAAUUUGAGGAGUUAGCUAAGCAACUACAAAUCCAAAUAGACAAUCAAAAUGAUCCAGAGGUGGGACAACAAAGUUAGUGUGCUUAACCACCUGCUGCUGAUCAGCCUUAUGUUUCCAAAGAGCCCUGAAUUGUACUUUGGUGUUCACAGUCUUUUUAUGUUGUAACUUAUAUUUUUAAUGUUAAUGUUAUUAAGUUGUCAAACUUGUUUUGAGCUGGGUCAUUUUGUGGAUGCCAGAUGAAUAUUAGAACUGAAAGCACAUUGUUGGUAUUUAUCUUGCUGUCCAGAUUGCGAUACUUUCGUGUUGAGCUUUCAGUGAACUGAGUCAUCUGAACAAGUUACUCUGCUAUUCUUUCUUUAAAUAUGUGGUCCUCUGCUCAAGUCUGUGUUUUCAAUAAAGUCCAGUGCUAAAGUUGCCAUAAAUGACCCUUCUUCACUUUAAAAAUCAUGUGCAGAUACAUUGUACAACCAAGCACAGGUAAUUAGUAGGAGGACAAACAUAUGCUUAUUAGAAAUCCCAUUCUUGGAUUUGAAGAAGGGAGACAUAAUUGUAGACUGUGAUAUUCAAGAAAUGAUUGAAGAAGGACCCACUUUAAUUGGUCACUGAGAGAGAGGGUGAGACAAGUCAUUAUUAGAAAUGAGCUAUAGUUGUAUGAAGGAAAAAUUUGGCAAAUAUGUCUAGUAGUAUGAAUAUACCAAGUAUGCUUGAAAUAAACAGGAGGAGUUUAGUGAGUGAUUCAGUUGGAUAAUUGGGAUGAGAUCAGUUUGGAGGAAUUAAUAAGUAAGCCAAAUCCAUACAUUUUUACAGUUCAAGGUAGAGCUGUUUCUUUAGUGUCAUCUAAAAGGUGAAAAAAAGACUCCAAGCAAAUGGACUCUGGAAUAGUAUUUCCUUAUGAUCCUAGUCUAAAGAAAAUGUUGCAAAAAUACCACACAGCCUUUGAAAUAAUUAUAUGUGGAUUGAUUUAUUGACAUAAAAUUGUGUUAGUGAUUAUAUUUUAUCUAUUUUGGUGAUACUGGGGCUUGAAUUUAGGGCUUUGUGCUUGCUAGGCAGAUAUUCUACCUCUUGAGUCAUACACCUACCUACGCUUUUUGCUCUUGUUAUUUUUCCAUUUGAGUCUUGUGCUUUUUUGUUCAUGUUGUCCUGGACUGAAAUUCUACUAAUGCCUCUUAGACGCCAAGGCUACCAAGGCCAGCUUUUUUGUUGAGGUGGGAUCUCACUAACCUUUUGGUUAGGCUGGUCCCAAACUAAGAUUCUCCUAAUCACUGCCACACAAAUAGCUGAGAUUAUAGGCUGGAACAACAGGACCCAGUCUGUGUUAGUGAUUGUGUAUUGAGUGGACUAGAGAAGAAUGUCAUCAUAUGUGAAAAUUAAGUCUUAUUUUUAAAACUUUGUAUAAAUAAAAAUUUUAUGCAACUUCAAUAUAACCCAAGUAUUUUCAUAUUUCCACAGUCUGGAAUAAAAUAUGCACAUCAAAUUCUUAGAAACAGCAAUUCAGGAAAUAGAAAAAGUUAAUACACCUCGAUUUAUAGGUAGCCAUGCUGAAAAGGACAUAGUUAUAUAAAUGAAUAAACUAGCAGCAUUAAAAUAAUUUUAAAAGGAAAUUAUUUAAAAACAUUGUAAACAGAUGAGAUUUCAGAAAAACUAGUUUGGAAAAUAAUAUGUUUUAAAGAAAAAGUUACCAAUUUUUAGAUGCUAAUUUUAUGUUAGUCUGUUGAUCCAAAACUAACUUUUUCACGAUUGUUGCAUUAAAACCAUCAUACUGUUUCUUAUUUAGGUGGCAACAAAAUUCUUGAACUGGACAGUGAUGACUUUUGCACAAUAUUGAAACUGUAUUUGUUAUUAACUGUGCAUUUAAAAUGUUUAAAAUAGUAAUUUUUAUGUUAUGAAUAUUUGCUACAAUAAAAAAGACUACACCUUA